CCCGUGCGUGCGCCGGUCGUUAUAGUGGGGCGUCAGUCGCGCGUUGCGACGUCUUAUUCGUUAUUCGCGGUUUUUCGACCAACGCGCACGUGUCGUCGUCCAUGCUAUUUACGUUCAUACACCUGUGACCACCAACGUGAUGUGAAAGACCAGUAUUGGUUGAUGAACUAUAUUACUUGACAGUGUUGUAGACGUGCUUAGUGGUACUGUGCUUGUGCAUUUUUGGAGUUUCAAUAACUCUUGUGCUUAGGUGCUUGUUUCGGCGACACCCAAGUCCAAAUUUACAGUUGGAUGAACGCCAACAUUUCUGGUGCUAAGCAGGAAGUAGUCCGUGGUCCCCCGCUUGCGCUGCCGCCGGCGAGUUGUGCGCCCGCGCCUCCUCAGUCCCUGGGCGCUGCACCGCGCACCAUUGUCAUACAUAAGGUUGACGCACGCCACAAUUUCGGCUUCUCCCUGAGGCACCUGGUCGUCUACCCGCCGGAGGACUUGAAUGAUCUCUACGACGAUGCGCGCCCCCUGGCCGUGGGCGCGGUCGUCUCGCCGAUGGACACGAUCUUCGUGAAGGUAGUGCGGCCGGGCGGGCCGGCGGCUGCUGCGGGUCUCCGCGCUGGGGAUCGCAUCCUCGCGGUCAACGGGGUGCCGGUCGCGUGCGGCCACUCCAGGGCUUCCUACCAGCGGGUGGUGCAGAUCGUGCAGAAAGAACCCCACACGCUCAGGUUGACUGUGGUGCCGAGGGAUCACGACUUGUUGCAACGGUAUUUUAGCGAAGCCGCUUACAAUCCAGAAUCGAACCAGCGACCUAUAGAAAUGCCGACACCGAUAACAGAGCUAGAGUCGCGUUUGUUCGACGCGUACCGGAGGACUAGGCCUGCGCUGCCAGCUCCGCAGGCGGCGAGGCAUAGGGAAGACCCCGAGUAUGCAAGCGUCGCUCCUCACGCGGCGUCCCGAUUUGAUGCUCCACGGCUGACUGGCGCACCUCAUUAUUUCAUGCAUGACAGGAGAGAAUCUGAUAUCUCAUCACCCUCGUCAGUAGCAGAAAGCAAAGACAGUCUUGGCUCAUUCGAGUCGAACUCAACGUUGACCGGCCGCGAACAAGACGAUUCGAUUAUCCUUUCCCGAAUACGAAAGAGCCUCGAACAAAAAGAGGCCUUCCUCCGACGUCCGAGCCAGCCGACUGGUUGGGUCACCCCGGACGUUCCCCCGCCGAUCAAACAAAAGGAAUUCUAUGCGAGGCCACAAAAGUUACAAAAGCCAGCAUGGCCCCCGCCUGCUGCCUCUCCUCCCCUCGCGUUGUCCCCUCCACCCUCGCAGCAAAUACAGGAACAGAAGAAAGACGACUGUUCUGCCAGUGUUGAUAGUGGGACGUAUAGCGGUUCCGGCGAAUUGAAUGGCGCGCACGCAGAUAGAAGUAAAGCGAAACAAGAUAAAAGCCAAUUUGUAUCGACAUUAUCUAAAAUACAGGAGUCUACACCGACAGUUCAGAGUACCAACCUUGGGACAGUCAGCAAUGGAUCGUCUGCGGAGUUUAGAGAUGAAUCAGCUUCUGCAAGUCAUCAGGAUGGCAGGAGAAUACCGACCGAGCAAGAGCCGGCAAGUCGGUACGGUGGCGGCGAACUGCAGCUGGUGACUGCGCGGACGCGGCAGCUGGCGGCGGCGCGCGGGGCGGCCGCGGCGACGGAGGCCGCACGCAGCGAGCUCGCGAGGCUCUCCACCACGCGGCUCGAGCCCAGCGUCGCGCUGCGGCGCCGCGAGUUCGAGGGACGCGCCACACGGCGCGAUGCGCGCUCCCUCGAUGUACAACCGCACCAUGAACUUGAGCAUGAAAUACCGAUUGGCGGCAGUUUGUCAGGCAACCAGCUGAUGAUCACCGGCAGCAAACACCUCCAUUGCCCACCACCAGAAGGAUAUGUGCCCGAAACAGAAAAGGUUCAAAUGCGAACAAGGUCAAAUAGUACCGGUAGUGAAGGCUUACCCAUUAGAAGACAUCAUGCCACAGAUGGCAGUCACGCGAAGAAACGAAUGGGGCUGAACAGAGAACAAAUGGAGGCGAUGAACCGUGUGUCGCUGCCCGGCGCGAUGAACGGACUGAACGGGCCGCAGAGGCCGACGCAGCUGAGCCUGGCGCCGCCGUCGGCCUCCACGUCGGCCUCGGCCUCGGCCGCCACGUCGCCGUCGCCGACGCCGAGCACGCCCGCCGACUCAGGUUUUGCCGAUGAUUUGGUCACAAGAAGACAAAAGAAAGAUGCUCAACUUGGUGAGGAAGAACGGGCAAUGCGUAGGGUAUCGUACCUCAAAGCAACGUGGGGCGAUCGUGUGCAUAUGGACAGUGAUGUCGAACCUGACAGUGAACAUCAUGGUCUUAGAAGCAUGCACCGCAAGUGGCGCCCCCCACGCUUCGCCGACGACAUUACGGCGUUGGUGAGAAAAUUCGACCCGCACGCGGUCCUCCCCGUGCGGCCAGAGAAGAAAGACGGUAUCAGCGAAGGAAUUGUGGAGCCCACGGAAGGAGAUGUCCAGGGUAAUGUGCAGAUUAAGGCAGUGGUCAGCAAUGGCAAGCGUGCGAGUGACCGCUCAUGGAAGCAAGCUUGGGCGGUUCUGCAUGGUGCUAAGCUGUAUCAGUAUCGACACCAUCCUAAUCAGAGCCCUGGCGCUGUAACCGGUUCCGGUACGGACGCGCAGAACGGAUCCCGGGAUGCUCUCGAUGUCCGCCAUUCGUUAGCCGUGGUGUUGGCAGACGACUACACCAAGAGGAAACAUGUGGUCAGGGUGACUACCGCCACCGACGAAUUCCUCCUGCAGGCCGAAGGCGCUGCGGAUGCACAAAGAUGGCUAGCCGCUUUGAGAAGGCACACAGCGGAGCCGCCACCGGCAGAUUCUGUACAAGCGCAGGUCGGCCCUCCGCCGACACCAGCUCCUGUCGCAGUGCCCGCCGACUGUCCCUCGCCACUGCCACCACAGCGAAGCAAAAAGAUCGGCAGAAAUAGAUCUCCCACUGGGCCACCUACUCCUACUCUCCCGUCAUCUCCCAAGAACAAGACGUGGAAGGGACGAAUGGCGAAACAGUUGCGACGCAUGCACGGAGGGACGAGUGCGUCGGCUCCGGCGACUGCCUCCACGGGCUGGCUCGGGGCUCCUCUGGAACGGUGUCCUACUGAUUCGGAGCACCCCCUCGUACCUCGCGCGGUCACUCUACCAGCACAUGCUGUCGAGGCAUACGGUCUGCGGACAGUGGGCGUGUACCGUGUGCCGGGCAACGCGGCCGGCGUGACGGCGCUGGCGGCGGCCCUGGACCGCGGGGAGCCCCCGCCGCACGACGACGCCCGCUGGGCCGAUGUCCACGUGGCCUCCAGCCUGCUCAAGGCCUACCUGCGGCGGCUGCCUGACCCACUACUCACCGCUGACCUCUACGCUUCUUUCAUCGCCGCCGACCGGUCGCCGGAGAGAGCACGAGAGCUUCGCCGGCUUGUACACGCGCUGCCUGAAGCUCACUACGAAACACUCAAGUACCUGAUACAGCAUUUGCGGAGAGUUGUGGAACACUCCCCGUAUAACAAAAUGGAGGCGAGAAACUUGGCCAUAGUGUUUGGGCCGACAUUGGUGCGCGGCGCCAGCGACGACAUGCUCGCUAUGGUCAACGACAUGUCCAGCCAAUGUCGCAUCAUCGAAUCAUUUCUAACACAUUACGAUUGGUACUUCGAGGAGGAGGAAGGUGAACCUCCUGUGGACCCUCCGCCCACCGCUGAGGAACUGUCCCCCGCGCCGGCACCAUCACGUGACCUGCUCAUACACAAUGUCAAGAAGAUCGAAGGCAAAGAUGUCUCAACCCGCGACAUAGUUUCGUCAAUAAUAUCGGCGGCAAAUCGUAAAAUCCAGCGGAAACCACGGUCGAAACCAUCUACAGAUAAAAAAUGGAUGGAAUCAGACAAAAGAGUAGAGGCAUCGCCGGGAGGAUCGCCUCCCAACUCUCCCCUUACAUCGCCCCCCGCGCACCUCACCACGUCCCUCGCAGAUUACGACGGACUGCCUGAAAGAUUCGUCAGACAUGAUGGAGUCAAUAAAAAUGAAAUUGAAACAAUGACAGCGCUGGGCCGCGGUCGCCAAGAGCUCUCGCGGCAUACACAUGCGCUUAACAACUUCUCGAUUGAUGGACCAGGGGACUUGGUGUCAUCUCUGACCAGCACCUUCGACCAGAAACUGCGCACGCUUAACAACUCGUCGCCGCUCGACGACGGCAGCAUUCCGUACGCUGACGAGUGCCAGGACGAAACCGAGGAGGGGAAGUCGACCGGCAGCUCGCCGUCCGAGAGCAGUCUGCACGAGCGCGACGAGCACGACGAGCGCCACGAGCGCGUGUCGCCCGGAGCGCGCGCGCACGAGCUGAAGGCGGCGUGGCUGGCGCGCGACGUGCGCCACUCGUCCUCCAGCAGCGCCGACGAGCCCGACGCGCGCGCCUGGCCGCGCCGCGACCGCCGCCCGCCCUCCGCGCGCGACGACACCGACGACUCCGAGAAGGAGAACUGCAUCAUUCCAAAAAAGACUAGUCACGACGAGACGAGGAACGACGACGAGAAGGACGUGGACACGAGGUCGCAGACCUCCAGCGGGGAGCCGAUGCCCGACAACGACAAGACCAUCGAGCGGGUGCUGUACCCGGGCUACGGUCUGCGACCGUCCAACCCGGAGUGCGGGAAGAGAAACAGCGCCGCCCUCGAGAACGAGCCGGCGCCCGGCGACAGGAGCGACGACUGCGCGAAACUGAAGCGGUCCGAGUCGCUGAACAGGGACGGCGAGCGCGGCGAGGCGAGAGUGCUUCGCUCCGAGAGCCUCAACUGCCGGGUCGAGCGGCUGCAAAGAUCCGAGUCGCUGAACAAGAACGAGCGACUGAGCAAAUUCGAAAAGGGCGAGUGGAACGGCGUGAGACGACGGGAGAGCGGCGCGUGGCGCUCGACGAAGCUGAAGCGCAAGAACGGCAUGCCGGAGCGCGGCAUCAAGCGGCGGCACACUGUGGGCGGCACCAAGGACUUCGACAAGGACGGGUGGAGCGCGCGGCACACGCGCACGUCGUCGCCCGACCUGUCGGCGUGCGUGGCGGCGGCCGGCGUGUGGCCCGCGCCGCUCGUGCCGCCGCCGCGCCCGCCGCUCGAGUCCCACGUCUGACACGACCCCUCGCACUCCGUCUAACCAUGGAGCCAGACAUAGUUCCAAAGGUGGAACCCCUAUUUGUUGGCGCAAUCGAAACAGUACCUGCCAGAUAUGUUUUACUUUGAAAAAUGGAGCACGCUACGCACCCAUUCGUAUGUUUGAAAGAAACUUAGAACACAUACUCCAAGCAUAGUCGAUAUACUUGUAAGCUAUGUCUGGCACCGGCUCGAGAUGCGCGACCGAUAUUACCGAUGCUGUGAAGCCGCACACCGCCUUGAAAGGACGAUAUUUUAUAAAUACGUUCGCCGGUCACGAUACCGGUUACGUGGGAUCUGUUUCGGUGCCUAUCGCUCGGCUGGUGCUGUUUUUAGGUAGUUUCCUUUUGUGCUAUUACGAAACGAACGCUGUUUACCGUUAGUUACACAACUUUUACCGAGAAUCGAAUAUAGUAUAUAUUAUUAUUAUUAUCUAUCUAAAAAUAUUUAAAGUCUGAUUUACAUUUACCCAGGUACCUAUCGAGUCGAUACUAACAGUUCAAAGCUUUCAUUUCGAGAGAGGCUAUUAAUUUGAUUCGAUUCAAUUGACUGAAUAGAUUAGGGCGUAAAUAUCUAACUGUAUUAUUGUAUUAAUACUCAGUCGUAAGACAAUGCAGCAUGGUGAAUUCAAUAUCCAUGGGACUUAACAAAAAAGUAAUAACGUUUAACGAAUAUAUAGGUUAUUAUUUUAUUAUUAUAUUAUACACAUAUUGUGUGAAUAAACAAAGUAAACGAUUCAAUACAAUAUUAUUAUUAUUUGAACAGUGCAAUACAAGUAGUGAAGGAGGACUGGGUGGAUAUGUUUUUGAAAUGAAAACAAUUAGUGAAUGCCUAAAGAAUCAAGCUCACUAAACAAUGCCAAAGAAUGAUGAUGUAACUGAUUAACAUGAGAAUAGAUGUAUGCGCGGAGCGAACCAGAAUGAAGGAACGAUUCGGUGACCGGAAUGCAAGGGUUAAUUGUACUAUCAACGAUACAACCAUAUCAUGGACACGAAUGUGCACUUUCACAUUAUACUAAAAUGUACAUAAGGUACUAAUGUCUUUUUGUUCCACAUUCUACACGAUUGUGAUUUGUAGUAAAACUCCCAUUAUAGGUAUCAAACUACUUAUAUCGGAGUUUAAGUGGAACAUGAUAAUUAAAAAGUGCAAAUUAAUGAGCAUAAUAUAGAUUAGUGCUACUAGUUUAAAUUUAGUAUAUAGCUACAAACAAUGAAAUUUGACUAAUUGUGGACUUUUAAAUUUUAAGUGAUAUGUACCCGAGAGGGUAUAGGAUAUAAAAUACAAUGACCAGAUUACGUGACACCACUUAAUUGUAAGAAAUUGUACAUUUAGGAAUUUAUUGUAGGUCUUCAUAGAAUUUUGAUUAUCUAUUGAUGAUACUAUAUUAAAAAUGCGUACCUCACCUACUUGCCUUUGCAAUAAUUGUAGCUGGUUCAAAUUUUAUGCACAAUUUUAAAUUAAUACAUAAUCUUACAUAUUAAAGUUACCUUGUCUCGUUAUUAAAAUAUAAAACGAUAAUAUGAUUAAUGUUUAUAAAAUGAGAUAAUUUUAAUUAAAUAACGGAGACAUAAAAUACUGAGGAAUGAUGCAUGUGAAGGCUUUGAUUUUAACAUUGCAAAGUACGAAUGAUAAUUGUAAAUAUUGAAUGCAAUACAUCAACUUAAUUAUAAUUAUUAGGCAUAAAAUAAUUAUUCACUAUAAUGAGUAUGAUAUGUUUAUUCUGUAACGUCUUUUAUCUGUAACAAACGGACGUUAACAAUACAUUACAGUGAUAAAAAUAAAAGUGAUCCCCUUAGCUUUGUAAAAACUGUACAUUUCUUUUAAGAUUAAUUUAUAUUAAAUUUGUUAUUGUAGCUUUGUUGAAUGCAAUUAUUUUUUAUUGUUUUGUUUAUCAAAGAAGAAGUAUUUUAGGCUAAAUUCGAUUGUUAUUUAUUUUCGAAAACUGUAAAAUGUGAUUUGGAACAAUAUUUCUUUUUAAAAUUGUAUUAUUAUUCUUGUAAAUAUUUCGUCAGCAAAAUAAUGUUUGCCUUUCGUUCUUUAACUUUUUAAAAAUUUUAUACCAUCUUUACGUUAAGACGAUCUCAAGUUUGUUGGAUGUUUGCAAAGCGUUCCUUUAAAGUUUUAUUUGUAAAUAUAUAAUUUAGUGUAGAAAGUGAAUUUAAUAAUUUUACAUUAUAAUGUAUGUAGAGGGUAGGUGAGUAGUGAAUGAGCGCAGCUCGGCGCUAGAUUGAUAAAAAGACACGUCUCCCCGCGAGACCCCGCUCGUGUGUCUGCUUACAGAGAUUUGUAUUCAAAUAUAUAUUCAUGUUCUUCGUGUAAUCAGCUAUGAAAUUUAAAUAAACACCUUAAA